GUAGCUCUUCUUUUGGUUGCAGAUGGUGAGGGAUUGGUUAGUACUCAAAAUGUCUCCGAAAAGGCGAUUUAGUCGACUGAUGAAGUUAUUUGGCCACGGUAACUUCUGGUGCAUGACCUACCUCGACGAACUGCACAACAUGAAAACAGAAGGCACAAUCGUGAAGGAAUUUGAAGAUGCAGGGGCUGUAGUUCAAGUAACUCUCCGGGUGGUUCCAAGUAGAGUCAACACCUUCGUACCAUUAAGGGUUCUUACAGGUCCCUUCAUGCCUACCAUCCUGGAUCCUAUAGCUCUGACAAACAUGCAGGGCAUUGUCACAAGUAACCAUGAUUCAUCUAGUGAUAUCUUCCUGGCUGAGAUGGCUACCCACCGUUUGGUCAAUGAAAACAAAACACAGGAUCCACAAGUAUUGGAGGUAGAGGUGUACCAUUCCCGCAACUUGAUGAUGUCUGCCGUCCAUCUCUACGCUGAAAGUGCCUCCUCGGGGCGUUGCUUGGUGGCCCUGGCCCAUACUCUUGAUGCAAAUACUCUGCCUUCCCCAGCUACUCUCAAGUGCAAAACUCCAAAUAAUAUGGUUAACAAUGUUGCCAUGUGUGAUAUCAAUGCUGGAGAACGAGCAAUGAUAAUCAAAACAGCCAAUGGAGACUGGGCACUCCUGGUGGCUUAUUGGGAAGGACUGAAGAGAGGGACUCCAGGCUCAUUGUCAAAACGUGGUGUUCCUGGGUGCCCGGGUCACCUGGUGGUACGUAUCCACUGCCCACCCGCGGCACCAGCAAGAAUCAUUACCCUGCCAUAUGACCAGCAGGUCUACACUCAUAACAUUCAGGACCUUUAUAUAGACAUGCAAGAUGGACUUUUCAAGGUGAGUGGGAACACAAAGAAUUGGGUGGAGAAUGUGGCACUGGGACUAAGUGUAACUGUACUACACAUUCUUUGCCAACCACGGCACAUGCCAGAUACAGUCGACGGCCUAUCUAACAAGUAUAUCGACCCCUUGAUGCUUCCUCGACGAAUACCAGUGGAGAACCUCAAGUUGAUAGCAGCCCUUGGGUUCUUUUGUGCUGCAGCUCCCACUAAUGCAUUCCACAGAAGUAACGAUCCACAUGGUACUUCUACUGUGUGUACUUUAGGUGUUGUAACUACAAACAUUGGAGGCGGAUGUGGUUCUUGUGGUGGCUGUGGUGGUUGUGGGGGUGGCUAUUAUGCUACAUUUGGUGAAGCAAGCUGUGGGGGUUGGGGUGGUGGUGGUGAAGGUGGUGGAGUAGGGGUAAGUGGGGGUGGUGUUGGAGAUGGUGAUGGAGGAAUGGAUCCAUUUGUUUGUAUGCUUGCAUCAGUUGCAGGUGUUGAUGGUGGAGGGGAGCAAAGAAAGACUGAACUUGUAAUUGAGAUCUUUCAUGUUUCUGCUGAGCUACUGAUAAAUGAUUGA